GAUGGCGAGAGAGAAAAGGAGCAUGAAGCGUCCAGAGUGAGAGGAACACGCAACAAAGAGAAGAAGAAAAAGACAAAGACAAUGGAAAGGACCCCUUGGCCCCAUGCAAGCCAGGAAUGGGGUAGAAGGUGGUGUUUAGCUACACUUACUUUUCCACAGACAGAGCCUCACAUGGUGAAGCGCACACUCCGGGUGUCCCACGCCCACUCUUGCUGACAAGGCAGGGAAAGACUAACAACCCGUGGCAGCAAUGUCUCUCCUGUCCUUAACUGCCCCUCCCGGCUGGAGCAUGUGCUCUGCUCUUUAUAUCCUCAUUGUGUUGCUCCCAGAGGCCAAAACAGACGGCUUGAACGCUACCAUUAUCCGCAACGGUGGGGGCUCCCAGUGUGGGGAGUACACAAACCAGGUGAUGGAGGAUGGGAUGUGUCGCCUGGUGGCCACACUGCCUCAGCUGGACGAGCGUAGAUGCCCCGAUAUGUUUCGCUGCACAGACGAGGUCUCUUACUGGCUGCAUGAGAAUGAGGAGAGGACGCAGCAGAUCAUGGCGCUGAAAGAGACCAUCUCUGAGCUGCAGGAGGAGCUCAGGAACCAUCGGCAUCAUAUCAAAGUCCUCGAGCUGCAGAGUGAAGAGAGGGCCCACUUGAACAUCUCCUUGGAGCAGCGUUUUCAUGAGUUGGAGCUGCACUACGCUGAAGCCACUACCCUGCUGCACUUACAGGGGACUCUGAUCCUAGACCUUCAGAACCAACUACAUAAUCUGACACUUCUGGUGGAUAAAGUAAAAAGAAGCCCCGGCUGUCUGAUCAACAUUGUCCGACCCAAUCCUCUCAUGAAUGCUCACAAUGCGCUGCACCCAGAGAUCCAGCAUGUGAGGAACUGUCCUAUAGACUGUGCCUCUAUCUACCACAAUGGUGUCAGGAGAUCUGGCCUUUACACUGUGGUGCCAUCACUGGCAGGGAUGCCUGUGGAAGUCUAUUGCGAUAUGGACACAGAUGGUGGCGGCUGGACUGUGAUUCAGCGGCGAUUUGAUGGCUCAGUGAGCUUUGACCGCAACUGGAGGGACUACAGGGAUGGAUUUGGUGAGCUGCACUCAGAGUUCUGGUUAGGCAAUGACCACAUACAUGAUCUGAGUGCCCAGGGAGACUACAGCCUGCGGAUUGACCUGGAAGACUGGACCAGCAAGCACAAGCAUGCCCUCUACCAGAGCUUCAGUGUGGAAGAUGAGGAGCAUCAGUACCGUCUCCAUGUGUCAGGCUUCAGUGGUACGGUUCAGGACUCUUUCAGUUGGUACCACGAUAAGCAGGGCUUCAGUACACCAGACAGUGGAAACAUCUGUGCUGAGAUCUCACAUGGCGGUUGGUGGUAUAACCAGUGCUUCUACGCCAACCUUAAUGGAGUCUAUUACAGGGGAGGCCAUUACACUCCCAAAGGGCGAGGGCCGCUGGGUCCAGAUGGAAUUGUUUGGCACUCCUGGAAAGACUCUGAUUAUUAUUCCCUACGCAAAGUCAGCAUGAUGAUCCGGCCACGCAACUUCCAAAGCCGCUCGUCACCAUAACAAUGGUGAGGACACGGGAACUGGCGUCCUUGGCAGCAUUUGUAGGGAUGAAGAUAUCUGAUGAUCAGGACGAUGAUAAUUACACUUUAUUGUAUGCUCAGGAAACGUUUUGUGUGUGGAGCAGACCUACCCGGUAACCUCUUUGCUUUUAAAUCUUAUGUGACUGCGGCUGAUAGCCAUGUUGUAUUGUGUGAAUAUAAACAUCAUCCUGUUCACUGAUUAUUUCUUUCCCCCCACUCACUCCUGGUAAGUGAAUUCUUCCUUGUUUUAUACUUCUUUUUGUACUAUAGUUUGUUAACGUUGACAUGUAAAAUACCAGCCAAAAUAUAUUUGUGUGAUGACAAGGUUGUCUUCUAGCCACCAUGUGGAGACAACCUGCAACUGGAAAGAAUCACAUGACACAGUUUGCUGAACGCUCGGCAUGUAUGUGCUUAUUCCAUAUUUGUAAUCACUCUAUUGCCAGUUUUAUUAUUUUGGAGUUCUUCUACUGUUUUAAUCAAUGGGGGAAAAAAAUCAUUGAAAUAAAAAGGGUUUGAUAUUA